CCUACGUCAUAACCACGCGCCCAUUACUUGCUGGCUCUUGUGUACAGUACAGUCGGUGACCGGAACCUUAGACAUAAACAAACAUGUCCACUGCUAUGAACUUCAGCUCUAAGUCUUUCAAACCUCGGGCUCCGGAUAAAGGUUCUUUUCCUUUGGAUCAUUUCGGAGAGUGUAAAGACUUCAAGGACAAGUUCAUGAGAUGUCUGAAGGACAACAGCUACGAUAACUCCCUGUGUCGAGUGCAGUCCAAAGACUACCUGGAAUGUCGGAUGGAGCAUCAGCUGAUGGCCAAGGAGCCGCUACAGAGACUGGGAUACAAGGAUCUGAUUGAUCCUCCUUCUCCUUCCAGCGAAUCAGACAAAAACACUUAACCCUGACCUGCUCACAGAACAGCAGCUGACUCGGCUGUACAACAGCGGUGUUUCUCCAAGAGUGCCAACAUCUAGCUGGGUGAGAUGAGAAAAGAAAGAAAGCAUAAUGAAGUCAGACACUUCUGCUUUAAGCUGCUCAGGUCGAGGCCACAGAGGACGACAUCGCUGUAUUUGUUCACUUGUGUAAAUAAGAUGAAAUCUGUAAUAUAUGGGGAUAUUUUUGACUUCUGUCAAUAAAUGCUUUUUAUUUUAAA